AUGCUGAGCCGGGUGUUCGUGAGUGGGGAAAUCCCGCCAAGGUGGAGAAUAACGGACGUUAAACCCAUACCAAAGAAGAACGCGGAUCCGGAACUCCCAAACUCACGAAGGCCAAUUGCCCUCAUGAACGUGGAGAUCAAGCUGAUAAACGCGGCGGUCAAAAACCGGCUCGUGGAGAUUGCAGAAAUCAACAACCUCAUCCCGGAGCUCUCUUUCGGUUUCCGGAAAAACAGGUCCGCCUCUACGUGUGUUGCGUACGUCGUCAACUCGGUGCACGAAGUCAAAGAGAACAACGAGGAGGUCAUCGUAGCUUUCCUAGACGUAAAAAUGGCUUACGACUCCGUCAACACUGGAAAACUGCUGCAGAUUUUAGCUGAGAUGGGGAUACCUAGGAAGCUGGUGGCCUGGCUGUACGAGUACUUGAGGCAUCGGGUCAUGCGACUGGAAACUGAGGAAGGAGUAAUAGAAGAGGUCGUCUCGGAAGGGCUUCCCCAGGGUUGUCCGGGUGCGCCGAUCAUGUACAAUCUGUACACCGCGGCCCUCCACAAACUCAGCGGCGAGUCGUGCAAGCUGGUCCAGUUUGCGGAUGACUUUGCGGUAAUCGCGAAGGGAGCAUCACUUGAACUAGCCGAGCAGCGUCUGAACACGUUCCUGAACCAACUAGCCUCCAAGCUGAGAGAGCUCGAUCUCGAAAUAAGUGCCCCAAAAUCGGCCGUGAUUGCGUUCACGGGCAAGCGCACCGAUCACCUGAGGUUCAAAAUUGAAGGUCAAGCAAUCGAAGUCGUCAACACUCAUGUCUAUCUGGGCUUCACCAUGGACCGGGCGCUCAGACACCGAAAGCACAUUGAGAUGGUCAGAGACAAAGGCGCGGAGAAACUUGGCCUGGUGAAGAUGCUGGCUAGGAAAGCGGAUGGCGCGAAUCCGGAAACGCUGAUCAAAGUGGGGAACGCGAUGAUCAGAAGCAGAAUGGAAUACGGUGCUUCCACCUACGGCAAUGCGGUGAACACACACCUGAACAAGCUUCAAGUGCUCCAGAACUCGUACAUCCGAGUGGCGAUGAAGUACCUAAAGAGCACUCCGGUCCACGUACUGCUGGCAGAGACGGGGCAGCUACCGAUGAAGCUACGGGUCGAAGCCUUAGCCAAAAAAGAACUGAUCAGGAGCCUGUAUCACCGAACCCCACUGCUGAAGAUCUUGAGCGGUACUUUGGACAGAGAAAUUCCAAACGGAUCGUACCUCACAGAACUGGCUGACAAGCACGUUGACCUCGUGUACCAAGUUCACCCAGCCGACCGAGCGAUUUCGAGAGAGACAAGGAUGCGGUUCUUCACAAACUUCAGUUUGCGAGACGUUGUCUUCGCCGACCUCGGUGAAAAAAAAACGAAAAAGAACGAAACCAGCAGAGAGCAGUGGCAGCAGAUUUUCAACGAGGUCGCGGCGACAAAGUACAAAGAUCACAAAAAGCUCUACACGGACGCAUCCAAGUCAGCUAGUGGCACUGCUCUGGCUGUUUUUGACGCUGAGGACAACACAACAACUGCGGAGAAUAUCAACAACAACUACUCGAUCACGAACGCGGAACUAAGGGGAAUACUGGAUGCAGUGGUGCUGGCUAAGAAGAAGAAAUACAAGAAAACCGUUAUAUUCACUGACUCAAAAAGCGGGUGCCAAAGCUUGACUAACAGCAAACUUCUACACGAAAACUUUAUCAUCUGGGACAUCUACAAAGAAAUCGAAAAGGCUCCUCGAGGCGCGAUUAAAAUCCAAUGGGUUCCCAGCCACGUGGGAAUCCGUGGGAAUGAAGCAGCAGACGCAGCAGCACAAGGAAAAUGUAACGACAAACAGACUGAGUUUAUGGGCAUAACGAUGGGCGAUGCUUGCGUCGCCAGCCAGAAGGAGAUCUGGGAGGAUUGGUCGCGAGAGUACAAGACAGCUUCUGAAACAAAAGGUCGAUGGCACUACCAGCUGAUGGAAUCUCCAAGCCCCAAGAUCUGGUUCAAAGGCCUCCUGCUAGGUCCCGCCCAGAUCAAGCUGUUAAGCAGAAUCCGCAGCGGACACACACUAACCAAAGAUCGACGAGCGCUGUGGCGCUUAGAGGAUGACAACCUGUGCGAACUGUGUCUUGAAGUUGAAGAUCUUAAGCACUCACUAUAUUACUGCCCAAAGUACAACAACACACGUAGCAAGCACCAUGUACUGGAGUACAUGAAACCUUUGGAAGAAAUAUUAAAAGAACGCUGUGAAGAGAGCAUGAAACAGAUCUACAAUUUCAUCAAAGAAUGCCGAAUCCAAACAUAA